AUGUCACGAGCUCUGCGGAGUGUGAAGAAUGUCACAAAGGGCUAUUCCUCAGUCCAAGUCAAAGUCCGCAAUGCUACGAGCAACGAUCCAUGGGGCCCAACAGGCACGGAGAUGGGCGAGAUUGCUGCCCUCACAUUCAACAACCCCAGUGACUUUUACGAGAUUGUCGACAUGCUUGACAAGCGAUUAAACGAUAAGGGAAAGAAUUGGCGCCAUGUCCUCAAAUCCCUCAAAGUGCUCGACUAUUGCCUCCACGAGGGUUCAGAACUUGUCGUCACUUGGGCCCGGAAGAAUGUGUAUAUUAUUAAGACUCUCCGCGAGUUCCAGUAUAUUGACGACGAAGGAAGGGAUGUUGGUCAAAACGUUCGAGUGUCGGCCAAAGAACUUACUGCAUUGAUUCUGGAUGAAGAUCGUUUACGCAGCGAGAGAUCCGACCGGAAACUGUGGAAAUCUCGCGUGAGCGGUAUUGACGAAGGCAUACAAGGAUAUGGAGGAUCGAGUGCAACCGGCGGUCAACGCUCGAAUCGCGACAGACGCGAGCGCAGAGGCCGUGAUGAAGAUGAUACAGAAUAUCAACUGGCAAUCGAGGCCAGCAAGGUUGAAGCGGAAGAAGAACGCAAGCGACGUGAAAGGGCAGCCAGGGAUGACGACGAUGAUGAUCUUGCCAAGGCUAUCAAGCUGAGUAAAGAAGAGGAGGAGCUGCGAAGGCGCGAAUUGGAGGAAAGCAACGCCAAAUCGUUGUUUGAUGAUGCCCCCGUAGCUGCAGCACAGCCGACAGGAUACAAUCAGGGCUACCAGCAGCAACCAGCGGUUGACUGGUUCGGCAACCCUCUUGAUGCUCAACAGCCUUUAACAACUGGUUACCUCAACAAUCAAUAUGCGCAGCCGAAUGGAUACCAGCCCACCGGUCAGAUGAAUGCAUAUAGCAAUGGCUUCCAGAUGCAACCAACAGGUUAUGAUCCAUCUCAACAAUUUGGACAGCCACAGAACAACUUCUAUCAAACCCAAUCCCUUCAGCCCCAGCAGACGGCAUUUAACAACAACAACCCUUACGGAGCCAAUCCCAUGUACGGACAGGUACAGCAGCCUCAACAGGAUAACUACUUGCAGCCCGGCAGUCACAACCCAUGGGCUACUGACAAGCAGCAAGGACUUGAUGCCCUCCGACCCAUGCCUACUGGUUCGAACAAUCCUUUUGCGUCAGCCAUCAACCGGCCAGUUUCACAGCCUUCCCGACCUGGCCCGCCUACAUUGAACACGCUAGCCGAGGAGAGGGCCACCACCGCUUUCAACCCUGCGCCGUCUGGACCUAACCCUAUCGCAAACUACAAAGCACCUAGCCCGCUGCAAGCAUCUGCAACCUCUGCUAAACCCACUCGCGACGAUGGCCAAUACUCCCGACUCAACGCUCUACUUGCAAGCGGUGAGGGUCAAGAUACCUUUGGUAAUACUGGUGAUUUGCGUGUUCCUGCUCAUCAUACCGCGCCUGGUCAAUUCAUCAACUCUGCGGGUCAGGGAUUUGGACCCCAGCAGACUGGAAGCAACCCUUUCUUCCACCAACAAUUUACAGGCGUGCCUCGGCAGACUGGGUUUGGACAGUCGAGCAAUCCCUUCGGCGCUCCUGGACACCAGCAGCAACAGCAAGGCGGAAGCUUGAUCGAUCUGUGA